UUUGCCCCAAUUCCCAAACCUAUAAGGUUUUGAAAUCAAAUUAAACCCUCAAAAAAGUGUUGCACUAUUAAAAGAAGUUGAAACUUGAUUGUUCACAUUCCUUACCUCACAAGAUUCUCUCUCUUUUUUCUUUCUCUUUUUUUUGGUCCACUUUCUCUGUGUCCUAAACCCUGUAGAAUCUUUUCCUCCUUGAUUCUCUCCCAUCUUCUUUUUUUUUUUUUUUGUUUAGUUUAGUUUCUCUAUCGGGGGAGUAUGCAGCAGCAGGCGCCGAUGAGGAACUCACCGUCCAAGAUUGUGUCGGGGGGGUAUUCUCGUAACUUCACCGACACUGUCUGGUCUCCCUUUGUCAAGUCCGGUUUCGGAAUAUCUCCCAACAGAUCAUACGCCGUCUUCUCCCUCCUCAUCCUCCUCAUCGUUGGCGCGUUCAUCUCCACGCGCCUCCUACUCGACCCUACCGCUCUGAUUGAGAAAGAAGCCGUGACGACGACGAAUACCAAAACAGAGACGGCAUCCCCAAAUUACCCUCGACCAGCGACAAUAAUUACACAAAACCCACGCGAGUUCACAUUGCACUGCUCCGGCAACGAGACCACCGGGACAUGCCCAAGAAACAAUUACCCGACGACAGUGAGCUUUAAAGAAGAUGAUUCAACGCAUUCUUCGACGACCGCCACGUGUCCCGAUUACUUCCGCUGGAUCCACGAGGACCUCCGUCCCUGGGAGAAGACUGGUAUCACGAGGGAAGCGUUGGAGCGCGCCAAGAAGACGGCGAAUUUCCGGCUAGCGAUCGUCGGCGGGAAGCUCUACGUUGAGAAAUUUCAAGACGCGUUUCAGACGAGAGAUGUGUUCACGAUCUGGGGAUUCUUGCAGCUUCUACGGAGAUACCCUGGCAAGAUUCCAGAUCUCGAGCUCAUGUUUGACUGCGUCGACUGGCCGGUCGUUAAGGCCGCGAAUUUCGCCGGAGCUAACUCGCCGUCUCCUCCGCCGCUGUUUCGUUACUGUGGAAACGAGGAGACGCUCGAUAUCGUGUUUCCUGAUUGGUCCUUUUGGGGAUGGUCGGAGGUGAAUAUAAAGCCAUGGGAGAGUCUGUUGAAGGAACUAAGAGAAGGGAACGAGAAGACUAAUUGGAUAAACAGAGAGCCUUAUGCUUAUUGGAAAGGGAAUCCAUUGGUCGCUGAGACAAGACAAGAUCUUAUGAAAUGUAAUGUCUCUGAGGAACACGAGUGGAACGCUCGUUUGUAUGCUCAGGACUGGAUCCGAGAAUCAAAGGAAGGCUACAAGCAAUCGGACUUGGCGAGCCAAUGCCAUCACAGGUUUAAGAUAUACAUAGAAGGUUCAGCGUGGUCCGUGAGUGAGAAGUAUAUUUUGGCGUGUGACUCGGUGACUCUGCUUGUGAAACCCCAUUACUAUGAUUUCUUCACCCGAGGCCUGCUUCCCGCGCACCAUUACUGGCCAGUUAGAGAACAUGACAAGUGCCGCUCCAUCAAGUUCGCUGUUCAUUGGGGUAACUCCCACAUUCAAAAGGCGCAGGAUAUUGGAAAGGCAGCGAGCGAAUUCAUCCAACAAGAACUAAAGAUGGACUACGUGUAUGAUUACAUGUUUCACCUUCUAACCGAAUACUCGAAACUCCUCCAGUUUAAGCCGGAGAUUCCCCAGAAUGCCAAGGAGAUUUGCUCGGAAACAAUGGCGUGUCCGAGGAGCGGUAACGAGCGGAAGUUCAUGACGGAAUCUCUCGUGAAGCACCCUGCACAGACCGGUCCGUGUGCCAUGCCACCUCCCUAUGAUCCGGCGUCGUUUUACGCGGUAGUGAAGAGGAAACAGAGUGCAGCUACGAGGAUCCUACAGUGGGAGAUGAAGUACUGGAGCAAGCAGAAUCAAACCGCCUCUUGAACUUUUAGCUUCGUUUCGGUUUUUGUUGUAUAGAGAAAAAUAAAAUAUAAACAGGUAUAACCGGCUUAAUACUUGUUUUUUUUAUUCGGUUUAUUAUGUAGAGUGCUAGAUUAUAUGUUUCAAGUUAUUUCACACGAAAAUCAAAAUGAAAUAUUUUCAUACAAUUUUCAAGAUUUACAAAA